AAAGUACAAUGAUACAUUCAUACUGAAACCAAGGGAUUAUACACAGGACGGUGGAGAAUGGCUUCGAAGGAGAGGUUGAAUGAGCUGUGGAUUUUAUAUUACACCAAGAAAGAUGAGGGCUGCCUGCAGCAGUGGCUGGAGGCUUUUGUGGCUUCCUUUGAGAAGCUUGUUGAUGUGCAGUCACUGGAGCCUCGCAGGCUGGAGAACUAUAUUGCGGAGGUUCCCCUUGUACCCAGGGACAUACUGGUGUUCCUCAGUGACCAGCUAUCACACAGUACCAUUCACCUCUCUGGGGGCGACAGUAACAACAGCACCCUGCUCCUCUCUGGGGGCGACAGUAACAACAGCACCCUGCUCCUCUCUGGGGCGACAGUAACAACAGCACUCUGCACCCCUCUGGGGGCGACAGUAACAACAGCACCCUGCACCCCUCUGGGGGCGACAGUAACAACAGCACCCUGCACCUCUCUGGGGGCGACAGUAACAACAGCACCCUGCACCUCUCUGGGGGCGACAGUAACAACAGCACCCUGCACCUCUCUGGGGGCGACAGUAACAACAGCACCCUGCACCUCUCUGGGGGCGACAACCCUGCACCUCUCUGGGGGCGACAGUAACAACAGCACCCUGCACCUCUCUGGGGGCGACAGUAACAACAGCACCCUGCACCUCUCUGGGGGCGACAGUAACAACAGCACCCUGCACCUCUCUGGGGGCGACAGUAACAACAGCACCCUGCACCCCCUGCUGCUUAUUAAGUUCUUCAUUAUCGUCUGCAGGAAUAUGGAAAACAUUGACCCAGAGAAGACCCCAGGCUUUGUCUUCGAGACCCUUAAACUGUUAAACUUCUGCUUGACUCAGCUGAAGAAGCAGCCUGCGGAUCAGUCGUCCCUCCAGACAGUGAUUCAGUAUGGCCUAAUGCUGUUGGAGAGUCUCUUUGACCCUUAUAAUACAUGGAGGAGACGCCUGACAGGGGAGGAGGUGAGCAUGGUGGAGAGGAGCAAGUAUAAGUUCUCCCCUCUCCCCUUACCAGAGGAGCUGCCUGCUCUAUUCCAUGACAGCCUGCAGGACAGCCAGCAGAUCCCAGAUGACCUCGCUCUCCGAUUGGUCCAUCUCCAAGGGGCUGUCAUCAGUGGCAGCAAGAAGAACGGCCUGCUCUCCAUCACCCUGCAGUCUGUGGAGAACCUUCUUUCUGUACUCCGAGCCUGGUGCCUCCGGACCUCCUCCAACCCCAAGGACCCCACGCUGCUACGGCUGACCCUGCAGUGCCUGACUGCAAUGGUGCAUACCCUCCACUCCAGUAGUCCUGCAGAGCGCCGGCUGGAGAUCAGGACCGUGUUGGAUGGCUACUUUCAGGUCCUGAACUGGAACCGGCCUCCAGGGUUAGGGAACGAGCAGGAGGACGGGCAGAGCUGGGAGGAACACCUCAUCACUCUCCAGAGUCACAUGCUGACUUCGGUGCCUGAGAUCCUGCAGUGUUCAGACAGACCGGUGCUGCAGGCCAUCUUCCUCAACAACAACUGCUUCGAACACAUCCUCCGACUCAUCCAGAACAGCAAGCUCUAUCACAGUAAAAGGUUUAGGUGGGAGCGUGAGGGGGUGUGUGACCUCACCACACGUUUGCUCACGGACACAGAGGGGAAAGUAGACCAGGUUUUGGAGAAAGGUUCCGACUGCAUUACAGUCCAUGCCCUCGGAGUCCUCACAUCCAUCAUGAGUAACUCCCCUUCUGCCAAGGAGGUUUUCAAGGAGAGGAUUGGCUACUCCCAGCUGUUUGACGUCCUGAAGAGUCAGGGUCAGCCCACUAAACGCCUGCUGCAGGAACUCAUGAACAUGGCGGUGGAAGGGGAACACGCCCACACCCAUCACCUGGGUGUCAGUAACGACCAGCCCCUCCUCCUCCUCCUGCAGUGGCUGCCUGACCUGGCCCCCCAGAGGGACCUGCAGCUCCUGGUAGCCCAGUGGCUGGCUGCGGUCUGCGGGGGCUCCCUGGCCUGCCGUACGGUGGCUGUGGAGGCCGGCCUGGUGGGGGCUGUGCUCCAUGUCCUCUCCCAGCCACAGAGACUGGACCGCCAGUGUGCCGAUGGCCUCCUGGGGAUGUUACAGGACAUGGGGUCUCUCUGUCUGAGGCCUGCUGAGCUGAAGUCUCUGUUGAGGCUGCUCCGACCCCUCGAUCAGGGGCAGGACGUGUUGGCAGGGAAGAGGACGGGGACACACCCUUACUGCGCCCGCAUCAUCCGGGUGCUGGCGGCGAUGGCGGCCAGGGAUGGGAGGAACAGCGCCCUGCAGUAUUUUGACCUGACGCAUCCCCUGGCAGGGAUCAUGGUGCCCACGGUCCAGCGCUGGCCAGGCAGUGGGUUUUCCUUCCACGCCUGGCUCUGUCUCAACAUGGACUUCCCACAAUACCACUCAGAGUUCUCCACGCCCAGCACCCGCCCGUCUGCUGGGGCACCAGGGGCGGCGACACGGGGUAUGGGCAAAGGCCCCCGCAGGAAACAGCUGUACAGCCUGUUGACAGCCGGUGGUACAGGUUUAGAGGCUUUCUUCACCAUGGAGGGAGUGUUGGUGGUGGCUGUCUGCACUAAGAAAGACUACAUGGUCGUGUCCCUGCCAGAACACCCUCUAACAGACUGCUGCUGGCACUCUGUGGAUAUAGUCCAUAUUCCCGGCCGCCGCCCCUUCGGUCAGAAUCUGGUCACCAUCUACAUCGAUGGAGAACAGCGCAAGACAGCCCAGCUCCGAUUCCCCUCGCUCAAUGAGCCUUUCACCUCCUGUUGUAUUGGCUCAGCAGGCCACCGUACCACUACCACCACCACCUCCCCCACCCUGCCUCCUCCCUCCCUCCACCCAGCAGAGAUGGGCUUCCCCGCCCACGCUCCCCCCAUCACCCGCUCCCAGUCCUUCCCAGCCUCCUUUGCGGCAGGCCGCUGGGGGCCUGGGCCCCUGCGUGACGCUCCCGUCCACACCAUCCCCGCCGGGCUGCAGGAUACGGAGUGGGGCACGCCCACCUCACUGGACGGGCUCCUGGGGACCGCCUUCAUCUGUCAUGAGGCCCUGCAGCCAGCGCACACCAAGGCCCUAUACACAGCUGGCCCCAACCAUGUGUCCCUGUUCAAGGCAGAUGGAGAGCUGUCGGACCUCAACAGUAAACUGCUUCUCUACUACACUCCUCAGGCCUUCAAGAGUCAGAUCUGUGUGGACCUGUCUCCUAACCACCAGUAUGAUGGCAGACUGACAGGCCACAGGGUGGUGAACUGGGACAUCAAGGAUGUGUUGAACACAGUGGGGGGCAUGGGGGUUCUACUGCCCCUCCUGGAACAGGUGUGUGAGCCAGAGCAGGCGGAGGGAGGAGGUCAGGAGACGUCAGACCUGCUGGGACCAGAACUAACCUGUAGCUCCUCCCGGGGGCCUGUCGGCAUGCUGCUGCCACUGGGCAAGUCCUCCGAUGGUCGGCUGGAGAGGAACAGUGUAGCAGCGUUCCUGCUGAUGGUGAAGAAUCUAAUUCAUCAUCACCCUGUCAACCAGGAGAGCCUACUGAACUGCCACGGACCCAGCAUUAUAGGAGCCAUGCUCACUAAGGUCCCAGGUAGUAUGAUGGAUAUGUCUGUUCUGAUGGCGUGUCAGUUCCUGUUGGAGCAGGUAUCCAGUGAGGAGAACAGUCCGUUGCUCGUGCAGCUCUACCAACACCUGCUAUUUGACUUCCGCAUCUGGAGCAACAGCCACUUCGCUGUGUGUCUGGGCCAUGUCCAGUACAUGUCGUCUGUGAUCAAGGAUGGGAAGCAUCGCAUGAGGAAGAAGUAUGGAGUGCAGUACAUCCUGGAUACCAUACGGACACACUACAGUGUGGAGAAAGAUGGCAGUCCUCUGUCUGAUGAAAAGCAGACUGUUCAGAUCUCUCUGUUCUCUCUGCUGAGAGACUUCCUCCUCAAGUGUCCUACUGCUGAAGAGCUCCACAGCAUCUUGGCCUACACACUGGCUAUAGGAGAAGAGCAGCAGGUGGUGAGUGCGUUAGACGUGGUUUACAGUCUGUUGAGGAGCAGCCCUCCCAGAGAGCAGGUCCAGGCUGUACUGUUGGAGUGGGGAGUAGAACAGCUCUACUGUCUGCUGCUCAAACCCAGCUUUGGAGAUGAGGUUAGGGAGAGAGUCUUCAGGGUUCUGUACAAGAUCCUGAAGAGUGAACGAGUGUCUGAGCGCGCCAAGCAACGUGUCAAGUUGAAGGAUUUUGGAUACCUCGGUCUUGUUUGUUUUCUAGGAGACGUCCCCGUAACCAUGACCACCGUGCGCUGUCUUUACGAGCAGGUCCUCGCUACAGAUGCCACUCCUAACUUCAGAGACCUGCUGGCUGUGGUCCACCUGUCCCAUCGUGCUGAGCUCACUGUCCGUCUGGACGUCUGUCGCAAGCUCUUCUACCUGAUCUAUGACAAUGAGGACUAUGUUCGUCAGCUGGCCCGUCAGCCAGGCUGGCAGGAUGUGUUAACUAAGCUCUAUAUGAAGGAGUCCUAUGAGUCUCGUGGUCCCUCCCUGGCAGGCUCCAGCACCCACAGCUCCCUGGACCCCUCCUCCCGCCCCCCUCUCAGGAGAGAUCACAGCAUGGUCAUAGAGGACUCUCAGUACGCUCACACGGACGUCUUCCUCCCUUACACCUCGCCGGACGAUGAAGAGGAGGAGGAGGGAGACGGCGAGGGCCUGGGAGGGAGGAAUAUCUCAGAGCGUUUCUCCGACCUCUCUCGGUCUUCCCCUAACAGCAGUGGAGGCACGUUGAAGGACUUUGACGACUCUCUCCAAUUUAAGUGGUUUGACUCAGUAGAGCAGGGGAGCCGCUCGUCCUCCCUGUCCAACACCGUGGACAUCCCCUCCGGUCGGCCCCAAGAGGAGGCUCUCUACCACCCUCUGUCCCCCUUCGGCACCUCACCCUUUGAGCUGGAGCUGGGGGGUAUGAGGGGUGAGAAGGGAACAUGGAACCACAACCCUGUGGGGGGUAGUCAGGCAGGCACCCCCUCCCCCCUGGAGCAGAGCCGGUCGUUCCCCUCUCUGAGACCCAGGAAGAGCUCCAGUCUGUCCAACGUGCUGGACGACACCAACUAUGGAACUGACCCCCGGGCAGCUGACACCAUCUCCAACACCUCCAACCCACAGCAGAUGCCAGAGGAGGAGCUGUGUAACCUGCUGACUAACAUCGUGUUCUCUGUGCUGUGGUGCGGCAGCGGGUCGGAAGGGGGGGAGGACGCCGUGUGGAGGGAGAGGGGACAGGUCUUCUCUGUCCUCACCAAGCUGGGCUCCUCCUGCCAACUGGUCCGCCCGCCUGACGAUAUCAAAUGCAGUCUGUUAGAGAUGAUGCUGGAGUCUUCUCUGUCAGACCUGAGGGACUCUCAGGGUGUCUCUCUACCAUACUUCCCCAGUCUGCUGCGUCUCCUCAGGCUGCUCCAGGACUUCCUCUUCUCAGAGGGAACAGACAACCAGGCCCUGUGGAGCGAGAAGAUCUUUGAGGGGGUGGUGAACCUCCUGGACAGACUACAGGCGUGGCACAGCACCCCUGGUACCCCCGGGGCUCUGGAGCUCAGAGAGAUGGCUCAGAUCGGCCUGCGCAUCAUCACCGGCUACAUCCAGCAACAGGACUCACAGGUGUCUGUAAUGGCCUGCGUUAAACUCCACAGCCUCCUGCAGACAGUUCUAUCUCUGGGCUGGGACGAGGUGUGCUUCCUGCUGGGGCGACUAGGUGCCCCCCUGUGGCCCGGCGGGGUAAUGGAGGCGGGUCCCAACGGAGGACGCACGGAGACCUUUUCUCAGCUGGUGCCCAUCGUACGUACCCUCCUGGACCAACACGCUGACCCCGUGACCCUGCACGGCCUGCUGCCCAGCCUGCCAGUCACCAACGGCAGCCCCACCUUCGCCCAGGACCUCCAGAGCUACAGCCACACAGUAGAGUGGCUGGACUUCUACCAACGCCACGUGCAGCCCACCAUGGAGCAGUAUGAACUGGAUCAGUUUGGGAAGAGUCAUGACCUCAUGUCUAACUUCUGGAACUCGUGCUUUGAUGACCUGAUGAGCACUGCCAUACGGCGGGACAAAGAGAAGACCUACAGCAAAGACAAGUUCCAGGAGGUGAUAGUGGACCCGUACCUGAGGCGGGUCCGCAGUGAAAACAGCCGUUACUACAGUGGUCAGAAACAGAGCUCCGGCCAGCAGGGAGUAGUGUGGCGCCACUGGGAGUCCCUCCGCAGGCUGCUCACCAGCGAGAGAGGGGCCUGGGCACACAGAGUCCCACUAGAGGUGAAAUGGAAGUUGUCCAGCGCGGAGACGUACUCUAAGAUGCGUCUGAAACUAGUGCCUAACUACCAGUACGACACUCACCAGGAAGCCAGCGCCUUCAGAGACAAUAUGGGAGCUGAUAGUCCUCGCAGUUCAGAACCCCUCCCAUUGGCUGUUGCCAAGGAGGCCAAAGUGAGUGACAUGGAGGAUGACCAGUUAGGAGAAGAGGACAUUGUCUUUCUGGACAAUAAGGUGGAGGGGGAGGACGACAGUCAGAAGGAGAAGCUGGUUCUGUCGGAGGACUGUGAGCUCAUCACCAUCGUGGCGGUGGUUCCGGGUCGGCUGGAGGUCACCACACAGCACCUGUACUUCUACGACGCCAGCAGUGAGAAGGAGGAGACGGAAGAGGGAAUUGGUUUUGAUUUCAAGCGGCCCCUGUCUCAGCUGAGAGAGGUGCACCUGAGACGCUACAACCUGCGUCGCUCUGCUGUGGAGCUGUUCUUCAUCGACCAGUCACACUACUUCAUCAACUUCAAGAAGAAGGUGAGGAACAUGGUGUACUCUAGGAUCCUGGGGCUGCGGCCCCCCAACCUCUUCUAUUUCGGCUCCCGCUCUCCUCAGGAGCUCCUCAAGGCUUCUGGACUCACACAGAGAUGGGUAUGCAGAGAGAUUUCCAACUUUGAAUAUCUGAUGCAACUGAACACCAUCUCUGGACGUACCUACAACGACCUGUCUCAGUACCCUGUGUUCCCAUGGGUGCUGAGUGACUACACCUCUCCAGAUCUGGACCUGGAGAACCCAGCCGUGUUCAGAGACCUGUCCAAACCCAUGGGAGUAGUCAACCCCCGCCACGCACAGAACGUCAGGGAGAAGUAUGAGAGCUUUGAGGACUCAACGGGCACCAUAGAUAAGUUCCACUACGGAACACACUACUCUAACGCUGCAGGAGUCAUGCACUACAUGAUCCGUAUGGAGCCCUUCACUACCCUCCACAUCCAGCUGCAGAGUGGCAGGUUUGACUGUGCAGACCGUCAGUUCCACUCUGUAGCAGCAGCCUGGCAGGCUCGCAUGGAGAGUCCCGCUGAUGUCAAGGAACUCAUCCCGGAGUUCUUCUACUUCCCAGAGUUCCUGCAGAACAUCAACGGGUUUGACCUGGGCAGUCUGCAGAUGACCCAGAACAAUGUGACUGAUGUUCUGUUACCACAAUGGGCCUUGUCUAGAGAAGACUUCAUCAGGAAACACAGGAAAGCUCUGGAGUGUGAACACGUUUCCUCUCAUCUCCAUGAGUGGAUUGACCUGAUCUUUGGCUGCAAGCAGAGAGGGGAGGAGGCGGUGGAGGCUCUCAAUGUCUUCUACUACUGCACCUAUGAAGGUCUGUCACAUUACAUGUCCUGGGAGCCACACCCUCCUCGUAUGUCAUCAGAGAAUGCAUCUAGGAGGCAGGCCCGCAUGGACACUCUACCCCCCAACCUGUUUGAACAGCUCGACAAACUACGCCCUUUUAAGGAGGUGGUGUGUGAUGGGCGACCUCUGGUCCAGGCGGUGGUUCCCAGGAACCAGAACCGCUCCUUUAUCAUCCAGGGCUCUGACGUACUGGUGACAGUGAGUUCUGAUGGCCUGAUUGGGACCCACAGCUGGCUGCCUUACGAUAAGAACAUCGCCAACUACUUCACCUUCACCAAGGACCCCACCGUGGCCAAUCCCAAAACCCAGCGGUUCCUCAGCGGUCUCUUCGCCCCAGGGGUAGAUCUCAGUACCCAGGUGUUGGUGGUGUCCAACGAUGGCCGUCUGCUGUUCAGUGGAGGACACUGGGACUGCAGCCUCCGAGUCACCCAGCUGGGAAAGGGCAAACUGGUGGGCAGGAUCUGCCGUCACAUCGACGUGGUAACAUGUCUGGCUCUGGACCUCUGUGGUAUCUACCUCAUAUCUGGUUCCAGAGACACAUCCUGUAUCGUGUGGCAGGUUCUACAGCAGGGUGAGUUCUCCAGUGGUCUCUCUCCUCGUCCAGUGCAGGUCCUCUGUGGACACGACCAGGAGGUCACCUGUGUGGCCAUCAGCACCGAGCUGGACAUGGCUGUCUCUGGGUCAAAGGAUGGUACUCUGAUAAUCCACAGUGUACGUCGUGGCCAGUUCCUCCGUACCCUGCGUCCUCCCGGUGAGAGCUGCCUGCCAGCCCGGGUCAAUGAGUUGCAGGUGGGCAUGGAGGGGCACAUUGUGGUACAGACCGCCCUGGAGGGACGCACUGCUGGAAAGGAGAAGUACUCCCUCCAUGUUUACUCUGUGAAUGGCUGUCUGCUGUCGUCUGUCAGCCUGGAGGAAGAGGUGACAGCUCUCUACCUGGUCCCAGAGUACAUCAUUCUGGGGACCCAGCAGGGAAACCUACACAUCAGACACCUGUACAGUCUGGCGCUGGCGGUGUCUCCCCUGCCGUUGAAGGUGGCUGUGAGGAGUGUGUCGGUGACCAGAGAGAGUAGCCACAUCCUGGUGGGCCUGCAGGAUGGAAAGCUCAUCGUGGUGGGGGCUGGGAAACCAGAGGAGGUACGCUCGGGUCAGUUUUCCCGUCGGCUGUGGGGCUCAACACGCCGAAUCUCUCAGGUUUCCUCAGGAGAGACAGAAUACAACCCCACUGAGACUUCUGGGAAGUGAGGGUCGCCAUGAAAACAUACGGAAGGCAAUAUUAUCGUAGCCUGUCAGGCUCACCCGAGGCUUGGUUGAUGGCCGACACCCAAAUGGCAUCCUAUUCCUAUAUAGUGCCUAUUGGGUUCUGGUCAAGGACAGCAGUAUAUAGGGAACAGGGUGUCAUUUGGGACACAGACAUUUUUCUACCCACCAGCAGUGGAUUUGCUGGAUCAGAAUGAAGGGAGUAGAGACCCUGGAUGUUGGCGUCAGAAAGCCCACCCAGAACUUUACUGGACUGAUAGACUGCUAAACGGCCUCUCCAAGCCUCUAUGGGUCCCAGCCUCUCUGGGUUCAAG